AACACGACCAGGUCCAAAGUCUAGUAAUGAGUGCGUGAAGUAUUCAAGGUAAGAAACGAGAACGCGCGGGUGUCCUGCUGCUGGAGAGGUCGCUGAUUAGAGCGUGUGUCGUGCUGAAUAACUGCUGACUGUAAAGACAGAUGACUCAGGUAAGCCAUCAUCCAUGGGGAGAGUGGCCUGGCCAGGGCACCGUGGACCUGUGGGUUGUCCAGUCUCCUCAGGUGAAGGUGGAAGUCCUAACCUUAGGCGCCAUUAUCAGAUCAGUGAGCUACAGAGGGAAGGAUGGAGAAAUGGAGGAUGUAGUCCUUGGCUAUGAUAACCUGGAAGGUUAUGUAUCAGAUAAGCGGUACCUGGGCGCUGUGGUGGGCCGUGUGGCAAACAGGAUUGCAAAGGGACGUUUUGUCCUUGAGGGAAAGGAGUACCAGCUGGAUGUUAACAAUGGACCAAAUGCGCUGCAUGUUCAUGUGUGUUUGCUUCUGCAGGCUAUCUGGCGCGCUACAGCAGUGGAAGGUGGUGUGCAGCUGAGUCUUACCAGUCCAGAUGGAGACCAGGGUUAUCCUGGUGAAGUUCAGGUCUCUGUCUCCUACACGCUGCAGGGGGAAGAACUGACUGUUGAAUACCAAGCACAGGCUAACAAAACUACCCCCAUCAACCUCACCAACCAUUCCUACUUCAACCUGGCCGGACAGGGUGUAGCAGAUAUCUACGACCAUCAGGUGUCCAUCACUGCGCAGUCCUACCUGCCUGUGGAUGACACAUCAAUCCCUACAGGUAAAGAUUUACUUCAGUCAUCUUUAACUGCAAAAGUCGAUGGAAUGAAGUGGUUUAUUUAACAGAUGUCAAAUAUAAAAACUGAUAUAAUAGGAAAAAUCUGAUUAAAUAAGCAAAUAAAAUUAAUCAAUCUGUCAAAAGCAUACAAGCAUAUUGAUAGUCUCUGACAGUUUGGUGGAAAGUGCUUCAAAUCACUUCAGUUACACUGUCUCGGGAACUCCGGACUUUAUAAUCAGUUGAAGUACAUAUCCAUUUGAAUCUUUAGCUCCCCUCUCAGUCCUUGAGCUUCUCGUGUUCUUCCUGGCGUUCCACGUAUGCCCUGCCUGUUAGCAUCUCGCUCCCUGCUGCUAUGUGCUCGA